AAUAAGCAAACGAUAACGUGUUGGGUUUUUCGACAAGUUUUGCUUAAGCGAUAAUAAGGGGAAAAAGUUAAGGUCAAUCGCACCCAAAUGGGUGACAGAAUAGUGUAGUUUAGCUACUUAUUACGCAGUCAACAGCAGUCGAACGUAAACUAGGUCACCGUAGUCGUUUUGUGUGGGGACGCAAAAUAGCAACUUUCCAGCGGGCUCCAAAUCUCGAGUGUAAUCUCGCUGGUUCCAUCCUCCCAGUCUCUCUCUCUCUCUCUCUUUCUCUUUCUCUCCCUUUUUCGCUGCACCUACCCGUUUCGUAAAAACCCUUCGCACAGCGCACUCGACCCAAAGCGUCUGGGUCAUCUGUUGUCCCCGACGAUAAUCUACUACUUCCGGUAGCUUGACCGCCCUCCUUCCCCCUUCCCCCACCGUCUCAGCAGGCGAAGUUAGUUAAACCCUGCGUUGCAAGUGACAAACCCUUCCAUCCGAAGGGGCAAUGGCGGAAAUGGAGUACGAAAGCGUGGUGCUGGUGAAGCAGGAGGUGUUUGUGUACAAAAUCCCACCACGGCAGAGCAACCGUAGCUACCGGGCCGCCGACUGGAACCUGGCCGAGCCGAUCUGGACCGGGCGCCUGCGGAUGGUGGCGAAGGGCAAGUCGCUGUGCGUGAAACUGGAGGACAAAACUUCCGGCACACUGUUCGCCAACUGCCCAAUCGAGAGCUAUCCGGGUGUUGCCAUCGAGGCGGUGUCGGACAGCUCGCGCUACUUUGUGCUGCGGAUACAGGACGACAAUGGGCGCACGGCGUCCAUCGGGCUCGGGUUUGGCGAUCGGUCGGACUCGUUCGACAUGAAUGUCGCCUUGCAGGACCACUUCAAGUGGGUGAAGAACGAGGAAAAGAUCGAGAAGGAGAAGGUGGAGCCGAAGCAACAGUUGGAUCUCGGGUUCAAGGAAGGGGAGACCAUCAAAAUCAACAUGAAAAUCACGAAAAAGGACGGCUCGGAGGCAUCGUCGCGGCUCAGCAGUAAGAAAACGGGUGCCGGGGGAUUACUACCUCCUCCACCGGGUGGUAACAAGAUUAGCCUCCCACAGGCGGGCUCACCCGCACACCAACCAGCGGCGGCGGCGGCGGUGGCGUCGGCGGCCGGUGGACAAACGGAAUGGGGCGAGUUUACUUCCGCAGGGCUGCACAAUGCCAACAGUGAGCCGGCCGCACAGACUGCAACUCCCAGCAAAGCGAAUGCCAACUGGGUGCAGUUUUAAAGCGAAGCGAAAAGCAAACCACAGUGUAAUAAAACAACACCGAACGGUUGAAACCGAUGCUGUGCAGCGCUAAACCGAAUAACCGUAGGACGGGGACGAAUUUAGUUUGUUAGAUACACUCACACCCCGCACCCCCGCAUUCACAUACACAUACAUACAUUCACACACACACACACUCACACUAGCCACUGCAAACGCAUUCGAAGUACGAUAAGUUUUUAUCAACCGUAGUGCAUAGCAUCCCCUCGGUUAACUCUAUUAUGAAAGUAACGAAAUAUUAUCUGAUAUUCGCAAAUAUCUACUUACAUCGGUCAUAUCUGUAAGCCUAGCAUCCUUUCUAGGAGUGUUAUCGAUGUGCGUUAGUUUAAUGGUAAAUUGCAAAGUUUGCGCUAUUUACACAAUACAAGGAGAGGAGAAAAAAAAAUUAAAGUUGGUCGGAAAAUCAUGCAAUUGCAACAAAAUGAAACGGAGAAAAAGCUUGGAGCUUGGAAAAGCGAACAUAUGAAAAGCACUUUGUACGUGCGUAUGUGUGUGUGAGUGUGUGUAUCAGUACUAGCAAAAACUAUCAUACUUCUUUAGGACAUUUCGGUUAUCGUGGAACUCAAUAGUGGAUUAUAUAUACAAACACAUAUAUGAAUAUAUACAUAUAUACAUGAAUAUAUAUAUACUGGCAAUAUGAUAAUGGUACACACAUAAAGCUUAGGAAAUAGAAGACUUCAGUAGAUCAUUGUUUGGCAGUAGAAGUUCCGACGAGUUGCUGAGAGUAUGUAUACCGAACUGGAAAAGGCGUACACAUGAGAUGACUGCAACAAUUGCAGAAAAUCAAUACUUAUGUUGAUAUAUGAACUAAACGAGACCAUAAUGAAAAGAGCGUAGGAAAAUAGGGUAAUGUAGUUGCAAAGGGGGAACGGUCCUUCCCUUGUGUGUACGUGUGGCGUAGUGAGCAAAGAAAAUCCCCCAAAAAAAAAACCAGACCUGGAAAAUCAAGGGUCGGAUGGGGGAGGCAAACAAAAUUGGGUCCAACCAACUUGCCCCAGCCCACUGCUACGGACCGCUUGGAUUUGGAAUCGAUACUUUAACCCCACAUAUAGAUAUAUGCGUUACAUUGUAAAAGCUAGCGAAGAUUAGAUCUGUAGCAACCCGCACGGUUGUUAAGGACAAAUAAGGAAGGCAAACACUGUACGUGUGAAGGAUCGCUGGUGCGACGCAGGUGUUCGGGAAAAUGAAUUUAUUUUCAAAUUAAAGAACUGCUGUGUGUAAACACGCGGACAGCGCAAGCUUCGGAGGACGAAAACGGUGUCGACGCAAGUCACGAUUAACUAAUCGGGUAGUUGAAACUCACUAGGCUUUUCGCAGAGAAAGCGCAUGUUUGCGCAAAUGUUUUCUUUUCGCAUGUUUUUAUCUUCUUUAUUUUGGGUGGCUCCAUUCUCCGUGGAGAGAAGUCGCGGUUUCUUGGGGGUUUGUUAGGCCCCUAGUAUUUAUCUCGAAAUCGGCAAUUAGAGAAACCAGAUGCGUGGAUCGGAUUGUGAUCCGAGCACCCAUGCUUUGAAUUGCAUCGGUUAAGAUUUUCGAAUGCAUUUCCUACCGGCGUAUGCAAGUCAGUGUGCUGCACCAGCUGCACUUUCUGAUCCCCUUUUUCCCCCUUGUGCAUACGACAGUGGACGGCAUUACGGCAGUGAUUCAGGCAU